CAGAAGCACAUCCAGCCGCACCGGAGUGCGAGUUUCUCUUCGAAACACUGCGGAGUGAAAACACACACACACACACACUGCUUCAGAUAAAAACUGAGUGCAGAGAGACAGAAGGACUGAACACACACAUCAAAACCGCGUGCGUCUGUCUGUGUGUAUUAGUGGUUGUUUCAGUGUGAGCACGCGAGCAGGAGGACUCGCGGUUUGGUGCAAUGCUGUUAGUGGAGCAUGGGUACGACUGCUAGUGCUGCCCCUCCACCAGCGUCUGAGGGUCUCCACGGCAACGCCAUGAUGGACAGCAGGCAGCCACUAAGCCCCGCCCCCUUUAUCCACAACAGAGCCAAAUCCAUCAUCACCAAUAAAGUGGCUCCGGUCGUUAUCACCCUUAAUUGCAAACAAGAGUUUCAGAUCCAUGAUGAUGUUAUCAAGACAAAUUACACAGUGGGACGAAUUUCUGACAACAUGCCAGAACAUUUCCUGGUGCAGGGCUCGUACUUCAUGGUGCUGGAUGUGUUCAGUAAAGCGGAUGUUCUCAACACGACUGCUACAUGCGGCGCUCCAAACUUCCGUCAGGUCAGAGGAGGAUACCCCGUGUUCGGAAUGGGUCAGCCCAGCCUGGGGGGUUUCAAACAGGUCCUAUACACACUGCAGAGCCGAGGACACGAGGAGGUGGUGGUGGUGUGUGUGAGGGAGGAGCCGGUGGUCUUCCUGCGUGUGGGUGAGGAUUUUGUUCCCUACACCCCGAGGAAGAAGGAGAACCUGCACGAAAACCUACAGGGUCUGAGUAAGAACAUGCAUGUGGAGAACCUCGAGCUCAACAUCAGGAAAGAGCUGCAUGACUUUGCUCGGCUGAAUGAGAACGCCUUCUACAUCUACAACAACAUCGAGCAUUUUAAAGAGGAACCUCAGAGGAUCUUCAUCAGCUGUGAGGAGGACGUUCACGUCACUGAGGAGGUCUACAGGAGACCCGCUUUCACCCAGCCAUCAUACAGGUAUCACCGCCUGCCCCUGCCCGUAGAGGGCGCACCGUUAGAGGAGCACUUUGACGCCUUUGUGAAUGUGUUGAGGGAGACUCCAUCUCUGUGUGUGAAAAGGGGCGGAGCCUGUCCUCCCCCCACCCUGCUGUUCAGCUGUCAGGUCGGUGUGGGUCGCACCAACGUGGCCAUGAUCCUGGGGACUCUGGUGAUGGAGAGAGUGAUGGGAGAUACACAACCUUCUACAGUGUCUACACACACACCUGAUGAGGAAGAAUCGAACACUGAGGUGAAAGUUCACUUCCGGGUCAUUGAGGCACUUAUCAGAAAGCUGCCUGAAGGUCAACAAGUUGUAGAUGAGGUGGAUCGAGCUGUAACUCUGUGCUCUGAAAUGCACAACAUUAAAGACGCUAUUUACGAGAACAAGAAGAAGCUGGAGGCUAUCACAGAGGAUUACCAAACCCAGGGAAACAGUACAAAGCUGUACUUCUUACAGAGACUACUUCAGAGUUUGGAACUUUAUUUCUACCUGAUCCUCUUCAACGCCUACCUGCAUGAACAGUAUCCACUCGCUUUCUCUCGGAGUUUCAGCCAGUGGCUAUGCACUAAUGCCUGGGUGUACCGCCUCCUGGCCUGCCUCAACCAAUCAGAGCUCAGAGCACCUGCUGACCUCAUCACAAAAGGAGCCAGAGUGUUGGUGUCUGAUGAGUUCUUGGCUCCAGAUGUUCUCCUCACUGUGAAGGAAAUGAAGGUGGCGAAUUUCAGACGAGUGUCGAAAACGCCCAUCUACGGAAUGGCCCAACCUACAGCCGAGGCAGUGGGUGUGGUCUUGUCUUACCUGACGGAUGAGAAGAGGCGGUACUCUGCGGUGCUGUGGGUGUGUGUGCAGGACGAGCUGGUGCUGGAGUGUAACGGUCAGAUCUUCUGCCCCCGAGAGCCGAUGUGUCCUGAGCAACACAUCUCACUGUACAGUGCUUCAGCUGAGGAGGUGGAGGAGCUGGAGCACUCCCUGAAGGAGGAGGUGUUAGCUUCUCAGAAGUGGCUGGAGGUGACUCUGGAGAAGGAAAAGCAGAUGAAGAUGUUCAAGAGCUGCAGGACUCUACAGGAGAUCUUCAGCACACACAAGCAGACUCACCAAGGCCUGCAAUACACACGCAUCCCUCUGCCUGAGUGUGCAGCACCUAGGGAGGAGGACUUUGACAGACUCCUGGAUGCGAUGAAGGGUGUGUUAGCUGAAGAUUCUCGUGCUGCGUUUGUGUUUAAUUGUUCAAACGGCUGCAGCAGGAGCACCACAGCCAUGACCAUCGCCACACUCACACUCUGGCACUUUAACGGGUUCCCUGACUUUGGGGAGGAGGAGAUUGUCAGUGUUCCUGAUGCUAAAUACACCAAGGGGGAGUUUGAGGUGGUGAUGCGAUUGAUCAGACUCCUCCCUGAUGGUCACAGGAUGAAGAGAGAGGUUGAUAUUGCUUUGGAUUCAGUGAGUGAGACCAUGACACCUAUGCACCAUCACCUGCGGGAGAUCAUCAUCUGUACAUACAGACAGAUGAAGAGCUGUAAGAGUGAACAGGAGCGUGGAUCUCUGAUGUUGAAGAGUCUGCAGUAUCUGGAGCGUUACAUUUACCUGAUCCUCUUCAACACCUACCUGCACCUGGAGAAGAAGAACUCCCUCCAGCGUUCCUUUACCACCUGGAUGCACCAGGUAGCAGCUCGAGCAGGAGUGUAUGAUCUCCUGAACCAGCUCACGUUCUCAGAGUUCCAAAACCUAACAGACUCGCCGCUCUCACGCCUCCGCUUCCGAUGGAGAGAACUGACCAACCGGAACCUUCCGUUCAGGGGGCAGGUGAUCUGAGGGCAGGUGGGAGGAGUAAGAGGAGGAGGAGGAGCAGAAGGAAGAGGAGAAAGAGGAGGAGGAGGAAGAGAAGAAGGAGAAGGAUGGACUCAUCUGAUGGAAGAGAAGAGAGUGUGAAGAUGCUGGUUGAUGAUCAUCACUGUGGUUAAUGAUUUUGAUGAUAAUAUUAACGAUGUUUUUAAUUAGAUGAAUGAAGUUUAGUGCACGAUUCCUUCACAGCGCAGAUCUUUACUCCAGGUUCAUUUUAUCUGCAUGUCACAUCCUCUUAUUCUGUUACUGAAAACUGAACCUCCUGGGAAUAAUCCAUCUCCUGCUCCAUCUUUAAGACAAGGUUUCUUUUUAACUCUGCUGGAUUUAUUUCUAAACAUGAGAACAGAGAGGAGCAGUGUCCAGAUGCAGCUGAGUAACAGGAACCGCUGGGUCAAACAAGGGGGCAGAGCUACACUUCAGUUUGAUCAGCCAUUAACUGACCUUCCUUUAACCUAGUGGGCUGUAUUAUACAGGUUCUGGAACAAUCUGGACAUUUAAAUCAUUAGAUGAAGCUCAGCUUGUGGUUUUGGGAACUAAUAAUAAUAAUAAACCUACUUCAGAUCACAUGUCCAUCAGUUGGUUUGUGCCAAAUCAAGGUAGAAAAUGUCAAACUGUCCAUCAAAUUCUUUACUUCUCCAUAGAUGUGGUCAGUGCAGUUCUACCUUUUACCUGAUUCCUGUACCAUGAAGCAGAUAACCCAUAAGUGGACGUCCACCACACUCGGUCAGUCACUUGUUUCAUACACGUACACGUCUACAUUCCUGUUGACUGGAGUCUCUCUCCAUGGUUUAAUCUUCUGGACCAUUUUAAGGGCUUCUCAAUUGAAGUGUGUAACAUGAGUGUGUGUGUAUGUGUGUGUGUGUGUGUGUGCGCGCUCUGAGGAAAGUCCAGCAAACAUCUAGCCAGUAAAAUGGCAGUAUUAUCUUUUUUUUCUAUAAUUUUCUAUUUUGCAUAUUUACAUGCUUUGAAUUCUUUCCUCAAUAGUCACACAAUAGUCUAUUAAUCUCCUCUUUUUGUUAAAAAUCAUUUUCACAGUUAUUAAUGUUGUUAAGAAUAGAGAGCAGAUUUUUAAUGAUGCCACUUUUGCAUAUUUUUUGUACAGGAGGUUUUUUUAUUCAGCAUUAAAUGUUUUAAACACAA